AUGCAUUAAUUUGAGAAUGAAACAAAUAAAUUUUUGGAAGAAUUAAAAAAUGGAUCCAGCAAUAUAUUAGUAACGAUUUUUCUAUUUUCUAGGUAGCAAUAAGAGUUAGGCCUUUAAAUUAGAAGGAAAGAAGUGUAUCAGAGUUUGAAACUAUAAGAAUACUUGAUGGAAAAAUGAUAGUAUUGAUGGAUCCAGAAUCAGAAAGAGAAGAUGAAGUAUUGACAUUAUAUAGAAUAGUUAUUAAGAAAAAAUAGGUUAAAGGAAACUAAUUUUGCAUUUGAUUUUGUUUUUGAUUAAUGGGCACCACAAUAAAAGAUUUAUGAAAACACAACAGAGUUUUUAUUGGAAGGAGUAUUGGAAGGAUUCAAUACAACUGUAUUUUGUUAUGGUGCAACAGGUUCUGGCAAGACAUUUACGUAAAUUAUAUAUAAUUAAGUAUAGAAUGAUAGGAACUUAAUAAGAAGUUGGUUUAAUGCCAAGAGCAUUAUAGUCACUUUUUAAUUAUUCUUAAUCAGAUCGAUUCAAAGAAACUUAAUUUAAGGUCUCUUAUGUUGAAAUAUAUAAUGAGAAUAUACGAGAUUUGUUGACAUAAGAAGAUAAAAAUUUAGAAAUUAGAGAAGAUAAAAAUAAUGGAAUAUAAAUAGCAGGUGUUAUUGAAAUUGAAGUUAAAACAGUCACUGAAGUGUUAUCUCUUUUAAAAGUUGGUAAUAGAAAUCGAUCCAAAGAAGCAACUGAUGCAAAUAAAGAAUCAUCUAGAUCUCAUGCCAUAUUAUAAGUUUAAGUAGAAUGCAAAGAUAAAGCAUCAGGAUUAUAAGAAUAAAUCAUAUAAAGCAAAUUUAGUUUGGUAGAUUUAGCAGGUAGUGAAAGAGCUUCCAAUACAAAUAAUAGAGGUUAAAGAAUGGUAGAGGGAGCAAAUAUCAACAAAUCAUUAUUAGUUUUAGGCAAUUGUAUUCAAUCAUUAUCAGAAGCAAAUGAAAAAGGAAUCAAAAAUCCAUUUAUACCAUUUAGAAAUUCUAAAUUAACUAGAUUAUUAAAAGAUUCUUUAGGUGGUAAUUGUAGAACCGUUAUGAUUUCUAACGUCACUCCAUCAGUAAGUAGUUUUGAAGAAACCUACAAUACAUUAGUCUAUGCAAAUAGAGCUAAAAAUAUUAAAACUGUUGCUAAUAGAAAUGUCUUAUUGGCCUAAAAUCACAUUAGUAAUUAUGCACUUCUAAUUUAAAAUCUUAGAUAGGAAAAUGAAGAACUCAAAUAAUUGAUAUAAUAAUAAUAAUUAAAUUCCAUUACUCCUUAAACAAGUAGCAAGUAAAUCUAUUAAGUAGGAUUGCCUUCCAUUAAUUAAAAAACAGUCCCAGUUCCUUAAUUAAAUUUGAAAUAAUAGGUUAAUGAAUUGGAAUCUAUUAUAAAUCAAAACAUUUCUGAUAUCAUAGAAGCAAAAAAUAAAUUAUAUGAUAUGGAACAACAACAGAAUCAAUAUUAAUAAAAUAUUGGUUUUUUAUAAUAUCAAAAAGGUCGCUCAUAAGAUAAAUUCGAAUAAAUGAAAUUAUUAGAAAGAAUUGAUAAUGCUAAAACACAAAAAGCUAUUCUUAAAUAAAGUGAAGAUGAUAUGAAAUAAUAAUUACUUGAAUAUGAUAUUAAAAAAGUUGAUAUUUAAAAGUAAGUAUAAUAAAUACCAGAUCUAAAUCAAAAAACUUAUUUGUAAGGAAUCAUUAAGUAAGGAGAACUUAAAAUAGUAAUUAUUAUUAUCCUAUAUUAUAGGAAAAUAUUGAACUUCAAAUUUAGGAAAAAAGAAGGAGAUAUUAGGAAUAAAUAUAAGAUGAAUAAGUAAGAUAAUUAAGAACUUAAAUACAUUAAUAAUAAUAAACAAAAAAUAUUUAAAGUGCAAAAUCUAAAUCUAGUUAUUAAAAUGGACCCAAAAAAGGUAUAUCAUUAAUUUAGUAUUUUAGUUCCUAGUUUACCUGGAGUAGAUUCACCAUACUAUUCUAUUACUGGUGGAUAAACUUAUGCUGUACAAAGGUAUUUAAAUCUUAUUUUUAGCAGAAGUUAAAAACAAAAAUCUCAUCUUAAACUUCCACCUGUGUUAUAAAUGGCUUAAUUGCAAAAAUCUCCUAAAACUUAGAAUUCUAGUUUGAAUAGUAAACAUUAUAAUCUAUUAGGUAAUCCGUUAAAAUAUAGAAUGGCUUAAAGAUACACAACUAGAUUGAAUAGACCUCCAUCUUAUCGUCCUCCAAGUUCUUCUAGGAAAUCUGCUAUUGGAAAAUAUAUUAAUAGAUCAUUAGAUUUAGGAAGUGAAAGAGAAAGUGUCAAUAAAAGUUCUGGAGAUUUAUAAAAUUCAGUUAGUCUGAGGAAACUUAAAAAACUUCAUUAAGAAUAUUAAUAAUAGAGAUUUGAAAGAGUCGUAAGUGGUAAAAGGAAUUAAAAAUCUAUGCCAUAUUUUGGUAGCAAAGUUCUUUUGCCAGGUAUGGUUCACAAAUCACCAUAUGUUAAAAACUUUUAGAAUAAUCAAGAACCCAUUGAAUUAAAAAAAGAGAGAUUGAAAAUGCUAAAUAUUAAUCUUAAAGCUUAAUAUGGCGAUAAAUUUUCGCUGCAAAAUUGA